AUAUGGAAGUGAAACGUAUGUCAACUACUGCGCGACCAAACAACUAGGAAAUAAAUAACUCGAAAAUACUUUCUAUUAUUUAACUUGCUAGUUAUAAUGUCGAGUGUUGGCCGCGGGAGAGGGUAUACCGGUCGGCAUCAUUUGCGGGAACAACGUCCCGGUGACGAUCGAGACCCCGAGUCUGACGCCGCCGCGAGAACACUGGCUGAACUAAGUCCUCGAUCUACUGACCCAACCAGGAUGGAAGUUAAAAGAGAGACAGAGAGAGAGUCCCUGGAGCCUGAAGUGGAGACACCAGAAGCACCGGAGAAUGAGUCCCCGGGUGAAGAGGACUCUACUCUUAAGGACUUGCUCCGUGUAGAUGAACAAUAUGUUCCCUUACUUACCUUGCUAGAACAGUUCUCGCCUGGAGAAGAUGGCAUCCAAUUCAACAGAAAGUUGAGACAUUUUGAGACCACAGUCUCAUCCAUGUGCCCCGACGAGUCGCGUUUGCAACAAGCAUUCGCGACAUUCCGCGCGGCAGCCCUGCUGAACCCGGUGACGGCGCGCAAGCUGGCCGCAGUGGGCGCGUCGUUCACUCGCCAGCAAAGGCAGCAACUGCUUCGCGGAGCCUUACUCAAUGUUGUCAUGCAGGGCACCUUCUCCAAACUGGACGUACUAGAGCGCUCGAACCCGCUGUUCCUUAUAAACGCGGCGAACCUAAUGGGUGAUUACUUCGCGGAGGCUCGCCUCUGCAACGGUAACAAGGUUCACAUCCUGGCCGGGCCUCUUCUGCAAUACUUGCGAGCUUUACUAGCCGCCCAUGAUAUCCGUGCCCACCGCAGUCUCGCCACACAGCUCAUGCAGAAUGGUCGCGAACUACUCUCAGUGCUGGCCCAAGAGCUGGAUGAACUCUCCAUAUCCAUCCGUCUCCGUCUGCUCUCGCCCCCGCCAGUCAGCACCAUAUGGCUCUUAUUAUCUGCAGACCUCUGUCUCAAUAAAUUCCUCCCACUACCAAACACUUUACAACAAUUCUACGCAGCCCACUUAGAACUAACCACUGAAGAAAAUUUCAGUGAAGUUAGCUACGGAUCGUGGAAAAAAAGCCCCGAAAAGGAUGAAUACAGACCAGACGGUACAGAAAUGGCAGAAAAAGUCAGCCAAAAUAUAUCUCAGAUUAGUCUGAAUAAUAAUGAGGAUACAAAGCCUAAACUGAGGCCGAUAUUGGGCGCUGGAGCCGGCCUGCUGAGGCAGGAACAAGCGCUAUCAGUUAGCCAAGAUACUUUUGAGACGUGGACAGCUAAAAAUAACCUGAACAAGCGAUAUGACCUCAACUCCUGGCGACAGCCUGAAGAGGAGAAGAAGGAGGAAGUUGAGUACCAGCAGACCGUUCUACCACCACCACCUGUACAGCCAUUCCCCGUACCUGAUUAUCCACCGCCCAACAUAAAUAGAUACAAUUAUCCGGAAAAUUUCGUAAACUAUUUACAACAAGGUGAUGGAGCCUACAUCCAGAACCAAUACACAAAUGUUGCUUACAACCAGCAGGGGGGCGACAACUUCCAAAGUUACCCCGAAAGAAAUGUCUCCCAGACCCCGGAUAGGCCCGUAGAAAGAGUUGCAGAAAGGACCCCCGUUCCCCCAAUGCCUGAACGCGUUAACAAUGAAAUGCAAAAAAACAGUAACCGAAGACCCGUAGAGAAUUGGAGGAAAGAGAAAUCCGAAGUUAAGGAUGAUCCUAAUAGAAAUAGACAGAGAAACUGGACUAGACAAAAGUCUAAAGACAACGGUAGUGAAGACGAAGACAAAGAGAAGUAUAAGGAUAGGUCUACGUCGAGAAAUAGAGAUGGUAGAGCCGGCAGAUUGAACAGGAGAAGUAGUGGAGACGAAGAUGGAACAACAGCCAAGGCGACCCCACGAUGCCGUGUCACGGACGUACCGCGCAGCUCAAAAUACUGGGACCACGACGACCGAUGUGACAAGGAUUACAAUAGUUAGUAGGAACUACUAUUACUAUCAUAGUGACGCACAGGGGCGUUGUCCAAAAUGGGUCUUAUGACCCCAUGGGGCUAUAGACCCCAAAAGUUAUAGUGAAUAUUUUAAUUGCUCAAAUAAAAUUGUAAAUUGAACAUACAUUUGAAAUAAUUUAGUUACCCCCAUUGUCUUAAUGUGGGGUCAUUAGUCCCGAAUUUAAAAUAUCCAGUAAUACAUUAGACGAUGUGUUCACUAAUAAUAUUCACUAUAACGCUAUUAAUAUUCCUGGGGUCACCGGGAAUGGUCGGCGGCGCCACCUUUAGUGAUAAACUAAUGGACUUUAUAACUUCAUUGGAACUUUAUUAGUGAAAUUUUGAGUGAUGUGGACACCUUAGUGAAAGUGACAUUUUAAUACCGAAAGUGCAUGCCUGUUGGAAAUUCUAGUGUUUAACUACAAAAAGGUAAUGUACCUAGUCUAGUGGUCUGUGAAACAAUAUUUUGUCCGAUUCUCCGCUGGACGAAUUUUAUUUUCAUAUAAAUUUCGAUAGGAAAUUAUUAUGAAAGUAGAUUUUGUACUGAGAUUUGAAACCUACUUUAUGUAGGCUCUUGAAUUUGUCGGACGUUUGAAAUUGAUUGUCCGGUAUCAUCCGAGACUUUCUUAGUUAACUUUAUAGUAAAUAGCGAAAUAAAAUAUGUUCUAAAUGUGCUAACAUAAUGUUAAAUAAUUAUGGUAACUAAGAUAAAAGUUUCGUUGAACCGAAGCUGUUAGUUUAGUUAAAUUAAGUAAUUAAAGGAUCAAAUCUCGAUAACUGAGAUUGAGGUCAUUAGUCAUAUAUUGAUCUUAAGCCUUAAUAGGUUUAACUUGAAACAAGAUAUGUUAAUUAUAACCUGUAAUUUGGACUUUUGGAAGUCUAAAACAUACAAAUAUUGAUAAAAAUAAUACUUUAAAGAAAAAGUUUAUCUUUCAUCUCUAAUAUAUGGAAGAACUUGUCCAGAGCGUGUAUUAGCUAUGUUUCCACCCAAAAAUCAUGAUCCAACACCCGGUUUCUGAAAGGCUUGUCAACGCUAAAAUUAACUAUUCUCUUGUUAAAUCUCUUGUCAAGUCAUCUGAUUGGUUGUUGAUAAUUCAGUCAACCAAUCAGAUGACUUGACAAGAGAUUAAAUUGAUUUUAACAUUGAUCGGACUUUCGGAAACUGGGGGUUAGCUGGACUGAUUAGGUGGUUCAUAUAGGGUGACUGGUAAUUAGUAUUAAAACGUAAUUGUACUCAUAAUAACAAACAACUUUUCAAAGAAACUAUUUUUCUAUUUGCUAUGUGCGAUGUGGGUGGUGUUAAACGGCAAAUCGAUCGUAGCGCACGACGUGGCAGAAAUGUGAAUUAAUUCUGGACUGUCAUGUGUCAAAUUGCUUUAUUUUCAUAACUUCCUUUAUAAUUUUAAGUAAAACGUAAAAAUUUGCGAUGUGGGUCAUAG